AUGGACGAUUCUGUUCCUCGAGACACUAUCCCGAGUACUCCUCCCGAGCACGAGACGAUUGCAACUCUUCCAGUCUCUACUCCCUUCCAACCUACUCAGCUAGUGGAACAACCCUAUCCAGUGCGCAAUACUGUAAUCCAAGUUGCUGCAUCGUCGCCUCCGGGCCCGCUCUCAUCCCCCCCUCGCAAACCGCAGGGUCAUCUUUCGUCCUUAAUUGCCCCUUCGGGUACUCACUUUCGUGCUCCCGCGCCCGGUCCUGCGAAGCGAACUCCCAAGUUCGAUCUUGACGACGGACCAACCUACCGAGGUGGCUCUUCAGACGAAGAUUCGCAUCUCCAAAGUACCGACAUCAAACCUUCUAUGUUUGAGAGGACUGUUCGAAGUCCAGAAAAGGAAAAGAUUAUGGAGUCUCCUGUGCGCACCGAUCCCGCAAUGGAUCGUUUUCGCGAAAUUACCAGCAACGCCAUGUACGAUCCGAAUAAUGCCCCUAUGAAGCGAUCCGCCGAUGAGAUGAGUCCUCCUGCCGCCAAGGGAGUUGCUAUGAAGAAGGCUCGUCAGGAUGCGCCAGCCCGCGCGCAGCCAGUGGGAGCCCCCGAUAUUCUGCUGCACGAGAUUGCAGACUUUAGAAUCCGCGUCAAGGUUGAGCGUGUUAAGAAGGUCAUGCCCCAGCUUUCAGUCCGCACAUGUAUGGAUGCGAUUAUUCAGGCCAAAGGAAAUUACGAUGCUGCUCUUCAGGCCCUGGCCAAUGCCCAGACGGGCGACGAUCCCCAGACCGUCGUCAUCGAAUCUUCCGAAGAUGAACUGAACACCACUCCGGCCCCCGGCGCGGCUCCUGUGGCCAAGCAACAGAUUAAGGCCCGGGGCACCAUUCAGGACAAGUGGGCUGCGUUGAAGGUGGGCAAAGGCGGAGAAUCUGACGAAGAAAGCAAGCCUCGUCGUCGACUCGUCCGUGGUCCCAAGUCUGACGUUGGCUCACGCCCUGCUUCCCCUCCUCGUCCGAUCACCAUCAAUGAUUCUCCCGCUCCGAAGAAGCUGGGACGACUCCAGAAAGGACGCAGGAACCGCUCACCCGAUCGAUCUGAAUCGCCCGAGGCAAUGAUGAGCGAUUCAGAUAACUCUGACGCUCCCGUUAAAGAAUCCACCGCUGGCGGUCUGGAUUACAAGGUUCUUAAAUUUAUGAAUACUGCAUCCGUCACCGAUAUCGCCGAUCUGGCCUCUGUUGCGCAAGAUGUCGCUCAACUCAUUGUGUCAAACCGUCCUUAUGACCAUCUUGAUGAGGUUCGUGUCGUUUCCGCCCCUGUCACUGAAACGAAGCCAAAGGGCAAGCGAGGAGGAAAGGCUCCCAAGCCCGUUGGUGACAAGAUUGUGGACAAAUGUGUCGAUAUGUGGACUGGCUACAUGGCAAUUGAUGCUCUUGUGAGCGAAGUCGAAGCGCUGGGCAAGCCUGUCGCCGACGAGAUGAAGAAAUGGGGUGUGGACACCUUCGGCAAGCGUGAUGGUGAGCUUGAACUCACAAACAUUGCCCCAAUCCCCAAGGUGGAACACGACUCUGGCAUUUCCACUCCCACACGCCCCUCACCACCUGAUAGUGAUGAGGACAAGCUUGUGCCCUCCAAGCGCAAGUCUCGUUUGAUUUCACAGCCUGCUAUCAUGGCUGACGAUCUUGUGAUGAAGGAUUAUCAAGUUGUCGGCAUCAACUGGCUGAGAUUGCUGUAUGAGAACGAACUCAGUUGUAUUUUGGCCGACGACAUGGGUCUCGGCAAAACAUGUCAGGUCAUUGCUUUCUUGGCCCACUUGUAUGAGACUGGUGACAAGGGCCCGCAUUUGAUUGUUGUUCCCUCUUCCACCAUUGAAAACUGGCUUCGGGAGUUCCAAAAGUUCUGCCCGAAAUUGAAUGUGAUGCCCUACUACGCCGGUCUGGCCGAGCGUGCUAUCAUCCGCGAGGAUAUCGAGGACCGUCGCGACGAAAUCAAUGUGGUCAUUACCACCUACACCAUUGCCAAGGCAAAGGUCGAUGCCAAGUUCCUGCGUGACAUGGAUUUCUCUGUCUGUGUUUAUGACGAAGGCCAUAUGUUGAAGAACCACCAAUCUCAGCUUUACGAGAAGUUGAUUCGGAUUCGCGCCCGCUUCCGUCUUCUUCUUACCGGUACCCCCCUUCAAAACAACCUUCAGGAGCUUGCAUCCCUCCUUGGCUUCAUUCUCCCCAGUGUCUUCCAAGAGCACAAAGAAGAUCUUCAAUCUGUGUUCUCGAACAAGGCCAAGACCACUGACGAAUCGCAUGCCACUCUUCUGUCAGCACAGCGUAUCGAGCGCGCCAAGUCAAUGAUGAAGCCCUUCAUUCUUCGACGUAAGAAGCAUCAAGUCAUUGACCUUCCAGCCAAGCAUUCAAAGGUUGGUUGGUGUACGAUGAAGCCUUCUCAGGUUAGCAUUUAUGAUCACGAGAAGGAUCAAGUGCGCCAGCUCUUGGAGGACCGCGCUGCUGGAAAGAAGACCGGCUCCAAAUCCGCUAAUAUCCUCAUGAAGCUUCGCCAAGCUGCCAUCCACCCUCUCCUCGCUCGUCGUCAUUACACCGACGAGAUCCUCCAAAAGAUGGCCAAGGCAUGCCUCAAGGAGGAGAAAUGGUCCCUGUCCGACCCUAAGAUCAUCCUCGAAGAGCUUAUGCCCUACAACGACUUCGAAUGCCACCACAUGUGUGUGGAGAACCCCAAGUCCCUGGGCAAGUUCAAGCUCACCAACGACGAAUGGAUGGACUCCGGCAAGGUCGAAGAGAUGAAGGAGCUUCUCACCCGAUUCAUCGCCAACGGUGAUCGCACUCUCAUUUUCUCCCAGUUCACCAUGGUCAUGGACAUCCUCGAGCACGUUCUCGAGACUCUGAAGAUUGAAUUCGUUCGACUUGACGGUCGCACUAACGUCGAGGACCGUCAGUCUAUCCUGGACGCUUUCCACGAGCGCACCGAAAUCCCCGUCUUCCUGCUUUCCACCAAGGCCGGAGGUGCAGGUAUCAACUUGGCCUGCGCUAACCGCGUCAUCAUUUUCGACUCAUCCUUCAACCCCCAGGAGGAUGUGCAGGCAGAGAACCGUGCCCAUCGUGUGGGUCAGACCCGCGAGGUGGAGAUCUACCGCCUGGUCACGAAGGGUACCAUUGAGGAACAGAUUUAUGCACUCGGUCAGACCAAGCUGGCCCUCGAUCAGGCCGUUGCUGGUGAGGAUGGACCGGAUGCCAAGAAGGGCGAGGAGCAAGGAAUGAAGGUUGUUGAGACCAUGAUGCUGGCGGAGUUAAAGGCAAAGAGCGAGGAGGGCAAGGAGGGCAAGGAGUAA